UGUCCAUUUAAUGGGCAUAUUUGCCCCCGUUCGCGACUGUGUACACACUAGCUGCACCGACAUUUCGCUUGCUCUUUUCGCCAAAUUGAACUGUCAAAAUUACAGUUGCGAAUUUUAAUACAGUUGUGUCAUUGUUAACACUUAUUUUUAUGGGUAUCUUAGUGUUGAAGAGAUUUGAUUUAUCUACCAAAUUUACGCUCCUAAUUUCGUUGUAAUUUACUUGUUCUUACGCUUUAUUAAAUCCUUAUUCGUUUUGCAUGUGAGCUGAAACAUUCUGCAACCUAAAGUAAAGAAAAGGGUAAACAUUACAUCAGCCACUGCAGUACUACCUACUGACCUACAUUCACUGAACAUUUCUUUGGCUACACUUGCACAACGAAAUGCGAUCCAAUAUAAGAGAUCAACAAAUGAUAUUAAUCUGCGUUAAGAAACAUAGUAAUGCUUAGUUUUUAUGACAAUGUGACCAACAAUUAGCCACAGCUCUCAGUAUGAUGCAGUGCAUGCAGCGGAACCACAGUAAUAGAUAAGUGUAUUCUCCAGGAGCGGCACGGUGGACGACUGGUUAGCACACCUGCCUCACAGUUCUGAGUACCCGGGUUCAAAUCCGGCCUCGCCUGUGUGGAGCUUGCAUGUUUUCCCCGUGCCUGCGUGGGUUUCCUCCCACAUCCCCAAAACAUCCAUGCCUGAUCGAGGAGCGUAAAUGCACCUCCCUACCCAACUCUCCAGCCAAGCGAGCGUGUCCCAGCAAAAAGAAGCAGUUCUAUAUCAACCAAGCCAUCCGCAACUCUGACCUCACGCCACGAGCCAAAGGCAAGAAGAGCCUGCGCCGACUGGAGAACACACGUUAUCUUGCCAAUCUUCUUGAGAGGGACGACGAGUGUCCCAAAGAUGAACUGGAAGUUUGCAGUAGUCCGGCAAUCCCGUCUAUCUUCACGGAAGCCUGGACCAAUGACGAUUACAUUGAGCCAUGGAGCGACUUCAUGAAUUGCUCUGGAGAAGAACAGGAGAGACUUUUAUCUCUGCUCGAGCAAGAGGUGGCCAAGAAAAAAUGUGUCGGUUGUCUCCUUAAAGACCAGAGGAAUGUAAAUCCUGCCUUCACAGCUCAGGAAUGUUUCCAGAGAAUCGACCGGAGACUGCGAACAACUCUGAGACGGAAACAAAUCCCUGUGGGAACUCUGGAAGUGCUUGAAGAAAACCUUCUGAGCUUCUUUCUCACUCAACCUCAUUCAGUUUACACAACCAACCUCUCCAGCAGCUUUGAAAGGCUACUGCUCCAUGCUGUCUGCCAGUACAUGGACCUCGUCUCUUCAAGCAGUAAUCUGCAUGGGUCUCGCCAGACUGAAGUGGUGAACAAACAGGAGGACUUCCUGCCUCCUGCACUUCCUCUGUCGGCCUAUUUGGACCAAAGGUGCUGAGAAGAAGCCCACACUCACCUGCCUGGCCUUAAAGUAAAGAGGAGCCCUGCAAUAUGUGUGUACAAUAGUAACCUCGGCGAGGAUGACCCGGGUCGGAAAAAUGUACGUACAACAGUACCAUCUGUAAGUGUGAGCAUGGUUAGAAAGAAAACUUUGGGCUACUGGCCUGUUGAGAAACUCAUGAAUACCCAUGAAUUAACAAAAUCCUCCACCUCGUCAAGUCACAUGAUACAUAGCAGUUUGGAAACACUGCUGAUAGACAGUCAGCAAACAUACUGCUGUAAUUUAGUACAAUGCUCUUCCUCUGUUUAAAAGGGAAGUUAUUAGUGAUGUUAAUGUUUCGUCCCUCAGCAAAACUAAGAUUCAUUGGAGUAUUUUAAUCUGUUACCACCCCAUCAUUCUCUUGAUCUGCCAAAAUUAGAGACCAUAUUCACAUUUGGUGUGUUCAUAACAGUACUUUUUCAAUUUACUUUUUCAUAUUUGACACAUUACUGUUGUUUUGGUUGAUAAAACUUUUGUAUUUAAUUUCUCAGUAUAAUAAUUACACUCUAAUUGUCAGUGUAUCCACUUGCAUAAUGGCAUGCAUGAGAAAAUCCAAAAGACAUUGUGGUCAUCUACAACCAUGCAUUUCUAGUAUAUUAACAAAUUAAUAAUGAAAUUAUCUCCACUUUUUGCAUUUACUUAAGAAUUAUGUAUUAUGUAGUAAAUACUUUUCGGACCUUCUCAUGCUUGGUCAUGAACAAUUAUGUAUCUUACAUGGACAAAUGUUUCCAAAUGUGAACAGUGACCUGAUGUUUUAAUGACACAAUAUGAAAAAAGUGUACUAUUGAAUGGGGGGUAAAAGAAAAAGGAAAAAAAGCACUUCAAUGACUAGUGUUAGCGUGUAGGAUGAAAGCAUUGUCUUGUAGUUAGUGCAUGAAUAUUGAUCCUUUUGAAAUGUCUCACUUGUUGUUGUAGGUAAACAAGUACAUGUCUUUGUUCCUGGGCUGACCCAACUAGUAAAACAAAACAAAACAAAAAGUAACAAUACACUCUAUGGGUGCAAAAAGUAGGUCCCAGGGAAAGCACUUUUCUAAAUUGUUUUAUCACGUGCACAUUUAUAUAUGUUUCAGUUGAUUUGCAUCAAUGCACAGUUUAUUGUCCAUGCAGCUCAGCCAUACUUGUGUACAUUUAGCAUUGGUGUAGUGAAAGAGGCAGGGUCAAUGCUGACAGAUGCAAAUGACUUCUGAAGGCUCUUGUUGACACACACAGACGCCACUUGUUUCUACAGUGCAACCUCUCCUAGUGAUACAAAAAAAAAAAAGAAAAACCAUGACAGUACAUGCUCAGCUCAGAUUUUGAAAAAGCACAUCUGCCUUAGGAAAACAAAUCUAUUUCUACAUUUGUACUUGACUAAACUUUCGUGAAAAUAUCCAGGUUAUUUUUAAGAAAAUUACAUCCCACAUUCUUUUUUUUUUUUUUUUUUUAUAGUGUCUUCCUUGAACAAUGCUUGAGCUGUUGGCCUUUCUUGCCAGCAACCAAAGUUUGUAUGAAAUCUAAUUUCUCAGGCUUGUAUGAUUUUGUCACUCUGAAUGUCAUGUUGUAAUUUCACGCUUGUGUACAACACUCACUUUUCAAGAUGAUGAUGUAUCCAGCUAUCCAUCUUUAUUUGCCAACAUAUUCAACCGAUCUUACUGUAAAUACUAAUUAUGUGCCAACAUUUAGAACAGCCUUUUAGUGUAAACUUUUUACACACAAGAUUGUGUACAUUUUUUUGUGUGCUAUGGUGCUUGCUUAUAACGAUAAUCGCAACUGUUACUAUUGCAAUGAUAUAUUUUUCUCUCUUGAGUAUGUACGUGAGAAUGCUGAAAGCACUGUCUGAAAAGACAGUUAAAUAAACAUUACUUCAAGUGCA